UCAUAUAUUGAACUAGACUCGCCAGCUACCUAAAAAUGAAUAAAUCUCAUGUAGUAUGCAGAACAAUAAUGAAUAGUUAUUAGCCACAACAAUUGUCUAUCCAUAUAAUAUUGUAGCUAGGAUGUGAAGACCAAGAUGAAAAGAAAAUGGAAAAUGUGAAAUAACGAUAAGAUACGGUACGAAAUAGUCCGUGAGACUUAUGAAAUAGUGAUAGUGUUAUUAUUACAAGAAUACUCCACAAAUUUUGAUAAAGUUUGUCUUUUUCAACACCGCCCACAGAACUGUCAUGUUACAAAAAGUGAUAAUUUAUCAGAACAUAGGUAUAUCUGAUAAAAAAAUAUUGCUGUACAAAAAACCUAACAUAUUUAAGGUCGCACUUAACACUUUCUUUUAACACAAAUGAUAAGAUUUUCUUGUGAAACGAAUAAUUUUCCUACCUGUGUAGGAGACGGCAACGCAGCCAUGUUUUUCGAUUCGAUUCGAAUACAACUAAAUUUUUUGAUUUGUGAUUAGCUGAUUUGUUUCCUCAGAUUUCAGAUUCAACCAAUGAGAGCGCAGAUCAAUAUUUGGGUUCUCUAGAAUUUGACAGUUAAUAAAAUGACACUUGAGUUGAAACAACCACAACACUCGAAGACAGAGGCCAAAAUACAAGAAGAAGAAAUUCGGAGUCUUGGGAUAAUAGUGAUUAAAUACAAUAAUAGGAGUUUAGUUUAACCUAAAUUAGGUCAGGACUGUUAUGAGAAGGUUAUGGGUGUUUUAUGGUUUUUAGAACAUUUUCAUUUUGAUAUCUGAUAUGUUGAAAUGCUGCAAUGGGAAGUAGACUAUCUUAUUUUUUAUUUCUACUGUGGUUGACCUAUUUGAUAGUUUCCUCAAUUCAUUUAUUCACUAAGGGUUUUUUGCUCACAAGAACAGUCCAGAGAAACAAUUCUACAUGCAUUUCACACAAUGAAAUACCAUGUACUUCAAUAAACUCAGUUACCUCACAGCAAGAAUGUUCAUUACAUCACAAAAUAGCAUCAGUAUUGAAGAAAUAUUCCAGUGCAUCUGAUAUAUGCCUACCACCCAGAACUCGUGUUAUACUACUGAUAGUUGAUGCAUUAAGAUAUGACUUUACAGUCUACAAUGAGACAAACAUAGAUCCACUACCAUUUCAAAACAAAUUGCCAGUUGUUCAUGAGAGUCUAAGGAAAUAUCCAGAUAAUUCAAGAUUAUAUAAAUUCAUAGCUGAUCCACCUACUACUACAAUGCAGAGACUGAAAGCAUUAACAACAGGUAGUCUACCUACUUUCAUAGAUGCUGGCUCAAAUUUUGCCACAUCAGAAAUCAAUGAAGACAAUAUCAUAGAUCAGCUCAUCAAAAAUAAUCACCAUAUAGUAUUCAUGGGAGAUGACACUUGGAGUGGACUUUUUCCUAACAGAUUCACAAGAAAUUUUCCUUAUCCUUCAUUCAAUGUUUGGGAUUUGGAUACAGUGGACAAUGGUGUGAAAGUCAACUUGUAUCCAGAAUUAAAUAACACAGAUUGGAGUCUCCUUAUUGGCCACUUCUUAGGUGUGGAUCAUUGUGGUCAUAGGUACGGUCCCAACCAUCCAGAGAUGUCAAGAAAACUGACUGAAAUCAACUCAGUUUUAGAGAAUGUGAUCAAGGAAAUAGAUGAACAUGAAGAUAUGAUGCUUUUUGUUAUAGGGGACCAUGGUAUGACUGUUUCAGGUGAUCAUGGUGGUGAAAGUGAAGAUGAAGUCACUGCAGCUAUGUUUGUGUAUUCCAAACAUCCUUUAUCAAAAGUUGGUGAAGAAAAUGGUUCAGUCAAACAAGUAGAUUUGGUUCCUACUUUAUCCAUCUUGUUGGGAAUUCCUAUUCCUUUCCAAAAUCUGGGAGUAAUUAUCCAGAAUUGUUUGCCAUUGUCAACCAUAAUAACUGAGAAUUGGCAUAUGAUUCUUUAUUCCAUGUGGGGAAAUGUUCAGCAAGUAAUGAACUAUAUAAAAGAAUAUUCUGAAAAUGAACAUACCUUUGAUGGUGAAACAUUGGAUGCUCUGUCUAAGAAGCACUCUGUGUUAAGUGGAAAAAUAAUCAGCAUUGACAGUGAAGACAAAUUUGAGGAUUUUUCCAAGGAAUUAGUUACUUUUCUCACUGACAUCCGUGAUUCAUGUGAACGAAUUUGGAUUCAGUUUGACUCUUUUUCCAUGGCAAGAGGGUUGCUCUUUCUAUUCUUGACUAUAUUUUUGGUUUUCAUUAUUACUGAUGGUAUACCUAUCCAAAGACAUAAGGAAAUAUUUUCCAGCUCAUACAUUGUCUGUUCUUAUAGCACAGUUUUUAGUGCUGCAGGACUGGGAAUCAUUUUGUAUUUAUGUGGUUUUGUUGAUGAUGUAGCUUUGAUAAUCUAUUUUCUGACAUGUGCUGCCUCACAAAUGAUGUUGGCUCUAAUUGUGAUACAAAAUUGGGAAACCAUCACCCUCAACUGGUACUCAAAAAGCAAAACUGAUAAAUAUGCCAAUCUUGUGUGUAGACUUGUAUUGAUUUUCAAUCUAUGUGGACUGUUCUCAAACAGUUACAUAAUAGAAGAAUCCUUUGUCCUCCUCUUCCUACUUUCAACUGUAAUAAUAAUAGGAUCAAUAGGAAUUAGUUCCAGUACUUCUGAAGUGAAGAAAAAGAAUCAAGGUGUUUUGAGAUUAUUCAGUUGGUUGCGAUUCAAGUUUUUGUUAUUUGCUUUAAUGAUAGCCGGUUUUGUUAGAGGGUCCAUGUACUUUUGGCGUUGCCGCGAAGAACAACAAUGGUGUUUUGCUUCUUAUCAUGAAGUCAGCAAUAUAAUUUCCAAAAUAGAAACUACAAAACUUCAGUGGACCAUAACAGUCAUAUGUUUGGGUAUUUUUGUGUUUGCUACCAAAGAAUGGCUGAAAAAUGCAGGGAAUCUAAAUGGGUAUUCAGUAACUGUAACUCUGGCAAAGUUCAUGCCUACUGCUAUAGUAGUUUGUAUGGCUGGUUACUGGGCGCUGAUAAGAGUUCCUUCCUACAAAAAACAGCCAUUUUCUUCAAGGUCGCCUAUCAUUUUGGCUUGGGUGGUUUAUGGUUCAACAGCAUUGGGAAUAAUAUCUUGUCUGUUGCAACCACUAUGUACCUACAUUAUUUCAUCGACCGGAACUGUGCAAAAUACAAUUCCUGCUUUAUUCAAGAAACUCAAGAGCAAUAAAACUAAAGAUGAGGAUGCCCCGGUUGUUUGUGGAUUGGGUACUGUGUACAGCUCAGUAUUUAUCAUCAUAGGAGUUUAUGUUACUUUAUUAUUUGCACUACUCUUGGGAGAUGGUGUUGCUCCAUCAGCUGUGAUCAUGUUUAUGACUGCUAUUUUUGUUGUAAUAAUAUCAUCGAUCCUGAGAAUUGAAAAAGUAAAUUCAGUUGAUUUCCGUCACAUUUAUCCAGUGACGAGGCAAAUGGAUUUGUGGUAACUUUUUUCCAAUAUUCUCUACGCCACUUAUAACUUCCUUCACCUAAGGAACAGUUUUCCAGGUAUCCGACCCAAAUUAACAGCUUGCGUUGGCAUUCUUCAAAAUUUUAAAGAACAACUAUUCGAUGUACCGAACAUAUCUAUACUGGUUUGGAUUAUAUUGGCACAAUAUUUUUUCUAUGCAUCCGGCCACCAACCGACUUUUCCCAACAUCGCUUGGGACGCAGCUUUCGUCGGUACAUCAGGAAUAUUCACGAGUAACUUGAUACCGGGAACCCUGAUCAUCUUGAAUACUUUCUGCUCAUACAUCAUGAUGGGUGUUCUCCUUCCCAUGGUACUGAUUACUCCUUUCACCCUAUUCGUCAUCAUGCCAUCCGUUAGUGACAAGAGGAGUGAUCUCAAAAUGGAUUCUUCCAAAGGAGAAGUUAUACUAUUUGAGAAGAAUCAAAUGUUUAUGACUUCUGUGUUUUUGCUGUCUUGCAAGUACAUUUUGGGGCAUGCAAUUAGGGUAUUUGCAAGUAUGUUGGCUGCCACUAUACAUUGUCGCCAUCUGAUGGUUUGGAAAAUUUUCGCCCCAAAACUGAUAUUCGAAUCAAUAGGAAUGAUGGUUACCUUAGCCUCUGUAAUGGUCAGUUAUCUGAUCUUAGUCAGAAUCAAUAAUAGAGUACAAGCCUUAGUUACUACAUUGAAUAAAAUGAAUUGACUGCCAUGUUCCAUUUGUUUUUGUGAUUUCACAUCCUAUAAGUAUUAUUUACAGUAAUGAAAUAAAGUGUUAUAAUUCGUU